AACAACGACAAAUUAAGCUCUCAAAAAACUCGUUUCGUUCUUCUUUUUCUAACGAAGAAGAUUUACGUCUUCAAAUAUCAAAAUCUUGUCUCGAUUUUGAACCUUCAAUAGAUCAUCUAAAUCAUACAUUCAUCCAAUUCCAAAAGAAACCCACGUCGUAAUUUUUCAACUUAUUCGAAACCCUUCGUUAAAAUUCACAUCUUCAAUCGAACUUCAUUUUUUUGUUCUACUUCUACAGAUUGAUACUCAAUACAUCUCACUAGACCACAAAGAUUCAAAUUGCGGAGAGGGGAUGCGAAUCUCAUGUUGCGCGUGUGUACUGCUAACAUGCACUGUAUGAUAGUAUCAUAAAUCUGUGCUUUCCUUGUAAUUUUGGAGUUGAAAUGAUGAGUGGAGUUCUGAAAGUUCGUAAAGAAACGCUUGCGGCUUGCAUGACAUGUCCUCUUUGCAGUAAGUUACUGAAAGAGGCUACCACUGUAUCUGAGUGUCUUCAUACAUUUUGUAGGAAGUGUAUCUAUAAGAAGCUGACAGAUGAAGAUUAUUGCCCGGUAUGCAAUAUUUAUCUGGGUUGUGCUCCGGAGGAGAAGCUUAGACCAGACCACAAUUUACAAGAUCUAAGGGCCAAAAUCUUUCCUUUCAAAAGAAGAAAGGUCAUAGCACCUGGAGCCACUCCUCCAACAAUUCCAUUGCCAGUAAGAAGAAAGGAGAGAUCACUUUCAUCAUUAGUCAGCACUCCUCGAGUAUCAAAGCAUACCACCUUGACAGGAAAAAGAACAAGAGUGGUUGGUAAAAAGGCAGCUGAUUUAGGAGGAUCUGGUUUUGACACUGCGGAACUGGUUAAAAAGGGAAAAGGGGCUCCGGAAGAUUAUCAUGAAAGCACAAGCUUACCCGAAACGCUGAGCAAGAUCGCUCAAAAUAGAAGGCAGGCUUCCUCCUCUGCAGAACCGUCUAACCAUCAAGCACCUAAUGAAGAUCAAGAAAAUGAUAUUGAAUCGGGAGUAUCAAAAAUCCAUCUUUGGAAACCCUUAAACCGCUUAGUUGAAACUGCAAAUAGAAUAAAGUCUCAUAAGUUCACUAUACAAGGGUCUGUUGUCAAGUUCGAACCAGCCAAUGACUCAAGUUUUCAAGUUCGUUUUCCUAAAACCAAAGUCAGCGAUACUUUGAGCAAAUCGACAGUCCAGGAUGAUGAGAAGGGUAGUAGCUCUACUGCUUCAGAGCAUGAGAAACCUAGAAAAUUGCACAGGAUCAGGAAAAGGUCUGCCUUUUCUGAGAGGGAUCAUGUUACAGCUCAAACCAUUAUUAAUAUUGAGGGUAUUAAACGUGACAGAAGAACCAGUCCGAUCUGGUUCACAUUAGUAGCUUCUGAUGAUCAGGAAGGAGCUGCCCCGUUGCCCCAAAUAUCCGCAUGCUACUUGCGUAUACAAGAUGGUAGUAUACCUGUUUCGUGCAUCCAAAAGUAUCUCAUGAAGAAACUUGAUCUUACAAGUGAAUCCAUGGUGGAGAUACGGUGUCAAGGUCAACCAGUUUUUCCCCAUUUACAAUUGCACAACUUGAUGGAUUUGUGGUUAAAGACAUCUACAUCAUCUCAAAGAAAUCCAGUAUCAAUGGGAACCUCUGCCGAGGAUUUUGUGAUGGUGUUAGCUUAUUCACGAAAGGCCCUGCCCUCUUAAAUACUCCAGAAAUCCGCGUUAACGUUCACUUUAAAGACUUCUAACAAAAUGAGUUAUUAGUAACCAGGAUAAGAUGAAAAUUCUACUUCGACAAGGGACUACUCAGUUGGCUCAUGAACCAGGCCAGCUAGGCAUAGCCUAGAGCCUCACAUCGUAGGGGUCCAGAAUUUUAUUAGUAUUGCUAUCCAGACUACUCAGUUGGCUCAUGAACCAGGCCAGCUAGGCUAUUGCCUGGAGCCUCACAUCGUAGGGGUUCAGAAUUUUAUUGGUAUUGCUAUCCAGAUGUAAUUGAAGAACGAUUUUUUGGGGGAGCAUGAUGUACUUAGGCCACCUUCUCCACAUUUAUAAGGGGUGUCCUAAAGUUAGGAAAUGGCUAGGUUAUCCAUUGCCCUUGUUUAACUUAUGACUAACCUAAUAACCUCCCUCCUAAUAAUUAAUAAACACAAAACAUAACACUGUCUUUUAUUAAUCAAAUUUCAUUUUAAA